CCCUAGGACAGCUGUUAAACAGCAGUUAGGGAACUUAAAUAUUUUAAACAUUCUCAUUUCAGUCCGGAUAUUAUUUCUGGGCCUAUGUCCCUCAGUGGGUUUUGUGGGCCGGUGUCGCAGAAACGGUCUGUGUCCAGUCUUCUCGCUGGCCGUGUGAUAAAGAAGCCAAAGCAUGAAGAUGGUCAACAGCUGCAGGAGGCAGCGAUCCAGCUGCUGGAUCAGCAUCAGAACCUCCGCAGCCUCUUCCAGGAGCUGGAGAAUAAAGAGCAGAACCAGGCAGGAUCUGAGGCUAACCCCAAUCACAUCUCAGGAUGGCUGCUGGGGAGUGAGCUGAGGCGUCGGGCUGAACAGCUUGGUGUCUCUGUGGGAGUGAUGUCAGUAAAAACAGUUUUGGAGAGACUGACAGAGAUCACUGAUGGACAGGAAGAAAUGGAUGAGAACAGAUGCAGAGAGAUGCUUACAUCCUCUCAAAGAAUGCAGCUCCGUGUUCUGUUGGAGUCCACCAAAGAGCUGCUUUCUCAAGGAAUCCUUUGCCCCAAACUGCUCUGGAUGGAGCACAGACGAAACCAGAAAAAUCCCAAACUAGAGUUGAUUUACCAUCUUCACCUUUACAACAUCCUUACAUUGGACUCCAUCAUAGAGAGUGAUGAAAGUGUGAGAUCAUGGCUGCCACGCCAGGUGAAGGCUCUGUGCGGCUGGACGUCGCCGCAGGACGAAGAAGAGACGACACAAAUCCUCCAAAAAGUUUUGUUGAUGGUGGCUGGAGUCUUGGUAGGAGCAGCGUUUGAGAUCAGACCAGAUCUGGCAGCUCCAGAAAGGAAGAUCUCACUGCUGUGCAGCUCAGUGCUGGAUGACAUGCUGUUCUGGCUUCUGGAGACGGAGGAAAAACGUGAUAAGGGAGCAGAGAAAUGGAUUCAGACAUUUGACGCAUCCCUUUGUGGAGCUUUUGUGUCACCAGAAGCCCUGCAGCGUUUCUUCACUCACUGCCUCACCCAGAUUUUCACCUACAACCCUCGACUGACAGUAUCUGAUGCUGUAACCUUACAGAAUGGAUGGACUGUGGGAAAAACCAGCCCCAGCCUUACCUCGCUUUACUGCAAGCUGGCUGCCAUCUUUAGCGUCGAGCAGCUGCUGCAACACCUGCAGCAGGUCCUGGAAACCCACGAGGUCAACUGGAAACAUGUCCUGUGCUUUGUCUCCUCCCUGCUGGUUUAUCAUCAGUCAGCUCAGCCCCUCAAAGAGUUGUUGUCCCGACUGCUGCAGUCUGCGUUCGAAGGCUAUGACCUGGAGAAAAUGAUCACAGCCUUCUUGUUGGCUCGACAGGGAGCUCUGGAGGGCGCCGGCAUCUUUCUGUCUUACAGCGACUGGUUCAAGAUGUCCUUUUGCGGCUCUACUGGCUGCCAUGCUAGCAGUAAGAAGUCUCUCGUGUUUCUGCUGAAGUUCCUCUCUGACCUGGUGCCCUUUGAGCCUCCACAGUAUCUUAAGGUUCAUAUCCUUCAUCCUCCUUAUGUUCCUGCUAAACACCGUGGCCUCCUCAUGGAGUACAUCACUCUGGCAAAGACCAGGCUUGCUGACCUCAAGGAGCCGGUGGAGGACAUGGGUUUGUAUGAAGAUGUUUCUUCUGGAGGUGCAUCAGUGCAGUGCCAGGCUGCACAGGAUGUGGAAAAAGCAGUGUCUUUGUUUGAAAGCACAGGCAGGAUCUCUGCUACCGUCAUGGAGGCCAGUAUUUUCCGGAGGCCAUACUUUUUAACCCGAUUCCUUCCUGCUUUGCUCAAGCCAAGAGUGCUCCCACUAAAACCUGAUGCGCAGAUGAAUUUCAUUGAAGCUCUGAAAAAAGCAGAUAAGAUCCCAGCUGCCCAGUAUUCAUCGUAUGUGGAGUCCUGUCAAAAACAAAGGCAGCAAAACAAGACUGCUGCACAUUCGGACACUAAAGAAGAUCCAUUUGACAUCCUGAAAGUUCAGCUGAGGGACUUCACAGAGCUGGUUGUUGGAGGAAACAAUGGAGAGAUGUCAGCUCAGCUGUCCAGGAUCUCCCACACUUUAAGCGUCAUCUUUCCUGGUUCCCCUGAUGAGCUCAUGAGGCAAACAGUUGUCACGCUGAAUACAGACUGCACCCAGUUGCCUGAGCUUCAUGUAAAAGUUGUUAAUUUAAUCCUGCGAACUUUCUGCCAAAGCCUGUUGAACGCUUCUCGAGGAAAUCCUCCUAAUAAACAGUGUUCGUGGGGCUGCAGGUUUGUCAGCUUGCUGCUUGACAACAGACACCUUCUCUCCAGCGUAGCACACAGACUCUGGGACCUGUUUCACAAUCAGGGAGCUUCAUUGAGUGCUUUACACAUUCUUGGCCUGGCAGCCUUCAUGGUCCACAUUCAGGCCUCCAUGGCAGAAGGUCCUCUGGUUCAGCUGGUGCCACACAGGCAACAUCAGCCAGUACCUUUGGCUGAUGCUCUCAGCUCAGCAGUUCUUUGCAACACACACAUCAACAUGCUCUUCUCUGUCAGGCUCGGUGUGGCUGCUGUGUGCUAUGGACUCUGCAGAGGAGACUCACCAUCUCCACAGCAGCAGCAGCAGGAGUAUAUCCCAAGCAGCCUUUAUAAAAAGCUGUUGUAUCUCAUUCCAAGGUUGUUCCCUGAGGCCAGAAGAAGCUCUGGAUCUGUUUGCCCUGAUGAACAGCAGGAUGGUUCAGACCCCCUGUGGAGCAGCAUCACACAUGACCUAAGUAACUGGAAGAAGACUGUCCUGAAUCUCUGGAAGCAUGCUGCCUUCCAGCAGCUGGAGCAGAUGCCACAGUUUAGGUUAUGUUUUUCAGAGUGGCUGAAUUAUGAGCUUAGAGUCCAAAGACAUGAAGACAUCUUGUCAGACUCUCAGCGGUAUGACGAGGAACUCACUGAUGCUUCUAAAGAAACACGCGCGCAGCCUCAUUUCUGCUCUCACUCGGCGCCACGGGAUCGACUGAUGUAA